ACUUCAUCCCCUCAAAUAUAUCAGUUAAUCUCUCAUUCAUGGCCAAGCUGAUUCUGCUAUAUUUUCUUGCUAUUUUCUGCUUUGCAUUAACAAGUGAUGCUGCGACAUACGUGGUUGGGGACACUUCGGGCUGGGACAUAAGCACUGAUAUUGAUUCAUGGGCUAGUGACAAGAGUUUCAAAGUUGGUGAUGUUCUAUUGUUCCAAUACUCAUCAUAUCACAGUGUAUGCGAGGUAAGGAAAGAAACUUUUGAAAGUUGCAACACAACAGAUACUCUGAAAACAUUUUCAAAUGGGAACACAACAGUAACGUUGUCAAAAGCUGGUGCUAGAUAUUUUGUUUGUGGUAACCAGUUGCAUUGUCUAGGAGGGAUGAAGCUUCAAGUAAAUGUAGAGGGUGAUCAAGCAUCUACAACUGCUGGUGCUCCUGAAGCACAGCCUGGAGCUACCCUUCGGCAGCCUUCUUCCAAGAGCAACAAUCCUUCAACAGUUAUUCCCACUUCAAGUGGUUUUGUCGUUCGUGGAAUUGGGUCGCUUGUAAUAGCCUUCCAACAUUUGAUGGCUACGAUGCUAAUUCUGGCACAGAUUUGAGAAUAAUCUUCAUAGCUAAGCAUGAUUACUCCCUAUGAUAUCAACGUUGUUUUGCGUUGUUGUAUACUUAGGAGGGUUUAAUAUUUUUUUGUUCCUUUAAUUUCAGGCAAAUUCAUUUUA